CUUCCUCCCAAACUUAUGUACGAUCUGAGCACCCAAGGCUUUGGAUUUGUAUAUGAUUGUAUGCUCAGCCCCGCUACGCUGCUGAUGUUCCCCCAAUGAGCUGUGGCUACUACACUGCCGAUGGAUCCUGUCACCGCAAUCGGUCUGCUUUCCGGUGCGUUUCAGAUCGCUCAGUACGUCAAAGACACCGUGGGGGCACUAGUCCAUCUGUCUGGCAAAUUCAAGGAUGCCGACCUCACCAUCCGAUCGCUUAUCGGCGAGCUGACGACCAUCCGAUCGGCCAUUACGCAGCUACAUGAGUGGGCUAGCUAUAAUGUUCGUGACUCAACCGAACCGGACGAGUAUGUCGAGGGACUUGAAGUCGCAUUGGACGGCUGUCGUGCCGUUAUGGAGGUUCUUUCGGACGAGGUUUCAGCUCUGACAAGGGGUGCAAUGCUAAGUGACACCGGGGUCGGAUUUCGUACGCGGGUAAAGGUCGUCUGGAGCGAGGACAGUAUGAAGGCUCAUCAGGAACGACUGCGUGCGCAGGUUCAGGCACUGCAGCUCCUGCUUCAAGCCUGCCACUGGUGAGUCUUGAAAGGUACCGAAGCAGCAAUAAUUCACUGCAUGCUAAAUAUUGUGCAUUAGUCGGACAUCAACCGAACAAGUCGAACUGUUACGGAGAGCAGAAAAUCGCCAGAUAAUUGCCAAAGUCGCCAGCGAUACAGCAACACUACGGUCCGCUUACAGCUACGUACCCU